AUGCCCGGAGGCGUAUGUGCCGUCCUCGAUUAUGAGGUCGACAUGAUGGCUGAGUACGUGGCUGAGAUGGCUACGCGAGUCGUGACCCCUGAUGCCCCGGUCACCUCGCCCUUCCGCAAGUUCGUCUCUCAGAUCCUCACGUCGACGAGACUUCCAAGCACCACCAUCCUUCUAGGAAUGAACUACCUCGCCAAGAGAAUCAACACCAUGAAGGGACAGGGCCCCUACAAGGCCUCAGAGGGCCAGGUCUGGCGGUACCUCACCGUCUCGCUUCUCCUCGGCAGCAAGUUCCUCGAUGACAACACCUUCCAAAACCGCUCCUGGUCGGAGGUUAGUGGCAUCGCCGUUUCCGAACUCAACGCUCUGGAGUUCGACUGGGUCGAAUCCAUGGGCUGGCGUCUCUAUGUCAACCUUGAUCUUAGCAAGGACUACCAAGCUUGGCUCGAGAACUGGCGCGAGUGGCAGGACAUGAAGAAGCGACAGGCUGCCCAGGUCAGCCGUGAGAGACUCGCUUCUCUCGUCCCCGCCAUCGACACCGAGCUCGCGAGACACAGCGGCCACCGCACUUCUCCUCACUCGCGUUACCUGCAGGAGCAGGUCGCAGAGUACGAGCGUUACCAGGCCAUGAAGGCCCAGCAGCACACCUACCGCUCUCGUGAUGCCAACUGGGCUCACAACCCCUGGAGUGCACCCCUCACUCCCCCCGACUCGGGCUAUGGCACUCCAGACUACUCCAUGUCGGCCACGUCGAGCAAUGCCCGCUACAACGAGUGGUUCUCUCAAGCUGCUGCCCAGUACAGCAGUCGAUACCCCCAGCCCCCUGCCUACAGCAGCUUCUACCCAUCCCGACACAACAAUCACAACGGUCACUACCCUUACUCUCAGAACAUGUGGGAGCAUGGGUUGGCUGAGUGCAGUUGCCCCGGAUGUGUGGACCCGAUGAAGCAGCAAGUCCCGUACUUCGUGCCUCACGGUUACAGCCAGCCAGUCAUGGGUUGA